AUGGCCACAGCCACGGCCCCGGCGCGCUUCUACCGCUGCGCCUGUUUCUGCUCCGAGAACCUGUACGUGGCUCGCUACGCGCUGCACGUGCGGUUCCGGGAUGCGCAGCAGCUGCGCCGAGACUACGGGCCGAUCCUGCGCAGCCGCGGCUGUGUCAGCCCCGAGGACUUCCAGCAGCUGUUAGUGGAGCUCCAGCAGGAGGUGGAACGGCGGCAGCGGCAGGGCCAGGAGUCAGCGGCCAGGAAGGCCCUCAUUGCCCGCACCUACCAGCCUGCCAGGCCCGAGCUCUUCCAGCUGCUGCAGGAUGAGGCUCUGGCCCCUGAGUUUCUGGCAGCAACGAAGUACAGUUCAUCACCAGCAGCAGAGCGCCAGGGCCUCCUCAAGUGGCUGGAAACAGUGUCAGAAGAGAAACGCAUCUUUCGGCUGCCCGUGUUCACAGCGUCCUUCUGCCAGGCCCUGCUGGAUGAGCUGGAGAACUUUGAGCGCUCAGACCUGCCCAAAGGGAGACCCAACACCAUGAACAACUACGGGGUGCUGCUGCAUGAACUCGGCCUGGACGAGCCACUGGUGACCCCGCUGCGGGAGCGCUACCUGCAACCGCUCAUGACCCUGCUGUACCCCGAGUACGGUGGGGUCCAGCUUGACAGCCACCGAGCCUUCGUGGUCAAAUACGCCCAGGGCCAGGAUGUGGCUCUGGGCUACCACUAUGAUAAUGCCGAGCUCACCCUCAACGUGGCCCUGGGCAAGACCUUUACAGGGGGCGCCUUGUACUUUGGGGGCCUCUUCCAGAAGCCUGAGGCCCUGACUAAGCCCCUGGAAGUGGAGCACAUGGUGGGCCUGGGUGUCUUACACCACGGAGCCCAGCUACAUGGUGCCCGGACCCUGCGCUCUGGGGAGCGGUGGAACCUGGUGGUCUGGCUGCGGGCCUCAGCCGUGCGCAACCACCUCUGCCCCAUGUGCCUGCGGCAGCCGGAGCUGGUGGAUGAUGAGGGUUUAGGCGAUGGCUUCACCCGGGAAGGGCCUGCUGAUGUGGAUGUGUGCACGUUGACCUGACGGGGAUCUGCACAGCAGAGGGGAAAGAUGCGAAUAAAAGUCCCUAUGACCCUCAA